UCCAACUCAGCAGUGACAGUUGAGGUUAGUUUUGUGAUUUUUUCGUCUCUGUUAUCAUGUUUUAAUAGUUUUCUCAAUUAAAACAAGAAAAGGACAAGGAAUAGAAACAGUUACAGCUUAAAAAUGGGUCUACGAGGGAUUAUUAAAUUCAUUUUUCGAAGAUCUUUUGAGAUCCUCGUUAUAGGGGUCUUGUUAGCUCUUCUUCCUAAUCUACCACCUUAUGCAAAAGUGACCAAACCAUUUAGUGUGACACCAGCAAAACCGUUUACCGGUAAAUUAGCUUUAAACAAUCGCCUAAAAGACGUGGAAGUAUGGCACAAAGGAGAUUUUCACGGACCAGAAUGUUUUGCCGAUUACAAUGGUGAAUUAUACACCGGAAUACUACUGGGCGAUGUAGUUAAACUAACAGGGGAACAUAUAACACCGGUAGUAAAAUUCGGUAAGCCCUGCAAAAGUAUUCAUGAAGAGUCGAAGUGUGGAAGACCUUUGGGCUUAGAGUUUGAUAACAAUGGCAAUUUAUUUGUUGCCGAUGCUUACUAUGGAUUGUUUCAGGUUAAUAUUAAAACCGGUGAAAAGAAGGUUUUGGUUGACCCAGAAACUGAAAUAAAUGGUAAAAAACCUAGAUUGUUCAAUUCUAUUGUUCUCGCGAGUAAUGGCGAUAUAUAUUGGACUGAUUCAAGUACUGAUUUUGGUUUGGAGGAUGGGAUUUUUACUGUACUGAGCGAUCCAAGUGGAAGAUUGAUCCAUUACGAUGCUAAAACGAAAAGAAACACAGUUCUUGUAGAUGGCAUCCAUUUUGCCAAUGGAGUAGCUCUAAGUGACGAUGAAGAAUUUGUUAUUGCAGCUGAAACGGUCCAAAAUAGAAUACAUAGAUAUUAUUUGAAAGGUCCUAAGAAAGGUACUCAUGAUAUAUUCAUUGAUGGACUUCCCGGUCUUCCUGACAACCUUAAAGCUGACGGGAAAGGUGGAUUUUUCGUACCGUUGGUUAUGUCAACAGACGAAGACCAUCCCAUACUAUUCCAAUCCAUAGGUCCAUUUCCUUUGCUUAGGAAAGCUGCUCUUAGGUUUAUGGGUAUCGUCGAAUUUUUAUUUAAAAAGUUAAACGAAGUCUACCCCAAUGAAUUUUCCGAAAAGACAGCUCACUACUUGGGAAGUUUUGCAUCGGGUCACGCAUUGUUGCCAAAUCACCGGGUAACUCUACUGAGGGUCGAUAGGAGCGGCAACAUCGUCGACAGUCUGCAUCAUCUCGACAGCAAAAUUAAAGGAAUAUCGGAAAUGCACAUUUUCCGCGAUACUUUAUAUUUAGGAUCACCUUUCAACGACUAUAUUGCUAGGAUUCCACUCGAUACCAUUGGAUGGAGUGACUUAAAGGUCGAUCGUGUUAAACGUUCUGCACCUACAACGCCUAAACCUGUAACAACUACUACACAAAGACCGACAACGACUACACCCAGACCUACAACGACUACACCAAAACCUACUACAACUACCCAAAAACCAACCACGACAACCCCUAGACCAACUACGACUACGCAAAGAGCAACAACUACUACGACUACAUCAAAACCGACAACCACUACCGCAAAACCCACUACAACCACACAAAAACCGACUACGACAACGCCUAAACCUACCGCUGCCCCUGCAAAAUCGAUCAAUCAAAAACAGGCACCGCCCACCGCCGCUAAACAGGAGGCACCACAAGCGAGGCAGGCUCCUCCUCCACAGGCCAAACCAACUGUAGCACCUGUCAAACAACAACCUCCCGCAUCUCAGACACCACCUGUCAAGGAGAAACCACAAACAGCUCAACAGGUGAAAAACUAGACUGCAACGUAUGAAUCUGUGAUGAUAACUUUUUGAUAAGUUAACAGAAAUUAUCUUUAUGAUGCACAUUUAAUUAAUACUUGUUUAAAAAAUGUUCACACCAUAUAUUCUAUAAAAUUUCAACUAAUCAUUCCCUUGCAUGACGACAGAUAAACAUAAGUUCUUAUGAGAAAAAACAUUAGAAUUUUUUAAAUUGUCAAAGUCAAAGUCCAUUUGAUCAUAAAAUUUUAAUCCUAUGGUAUAACUUUCUGUUUAAAUACUAAUCUGGUUUAAAAACUAUACUUAUUUUAUAGUUAUAGGUGUAUUCCAACAAUGUGUCAUGUAAGUACUCUAAAAGCUAGUCUAGAAUUACCUCGUACCAUUUAAUUUAUGAGUUAAUGCGGAUUUUCAUGCAGUUCUAUAACCACUUCCCGAUAUGGAAAAAUGCAUCAAAAUGCCUUAAAUUUAUUUUACGUUAUGUUUUUAUUGGUCGGUUCUUCCCUGGUGGAAUAUUAUAAGUAAUAUAACAUAAGGCGCUAUAGCUAAGCUAUAACGAAUUAAGAUUCGUUAUAGCUUAGCUAUAGCACAGAUCAUACAGAUU